GUAAGCCUGCAUCGUUAGUGGUCAGUGGUCAGUGGUCAUCCUUCCAAGCUUCAAAUGCUAUUACUAGCAACAAAGGUACCAAAAGCAUUAAAAAGUUUCGAGGUUUCGAGCCGAUAAUCCUUACGAUGCUUGCUCAGCGAAUUGUAAGGGCUUCGGCUCUCCGGUCGGCGUCGCUGGCGUCGCGAAGACUACCCAUGAUCCAACAACGCACGUUCCUUCCACAGUCGUUCAAUGACCAGGCAAUCAUAGAGGAGAAGUACCCGGACAACCCAGUACUCACAGAUGCUCAAGAUCCGAACUUGAACGGUGGCUACAUUAACCCGCCGGCGAUCAAGCGACAAUUCCGCGACCCGUAUGGCGAUUGGUGGGACAAGCAGGAACGACGAAACUACGGAGAGCCGGUCCAUGAGGACAAUGACCUUCUCGGCAUAUUCUCUCCAUACGAGUACACCUGGGUCUCUUCUGGGAAGGGAUUACUGCAAAUUGGCGCAUUCAUCGCUACCUUCGUCGGAGUAUGCUGGGUGAUCGGAAGACUAUAUCCUGACAAGCCGUCUUUCCCCCGAGAAUUUGAGGGUGGUCUUGAACGGGAGCUAGGCGGCCCUGGUGCUGUGCGGGCAAGAGCUCCUGGUGACCCAGAGCCGUAUCAAAAUGGAGCAACAGAAGAAGAAGAUUAAAGACGUUUGUACAUAUAUUAACUAGGGCAGAUUUUUGUCUAAAGAGACUAAAUACGAUACGGAUCAGCCUGACAACUAAAGCGAUAUCAGACGAACAUGCAGACAAGUCGGUCAAGACUAUUCAUCCUGUAGAGCACUAGUCUUAACUUGUCCAAUUUCAUAGGCCAUGGAUAUCACAAGUUUUUAUUUUAUUCCUCGUUCCAUGUGGACUUUGGUCUGAUAAAAACGUUUUAUCUUCGAGGUCAUAAUUUACUUUGCAUUAUUAUAAGUUUAAGUUUCCAAGCAUAUCAACUCCAGAACUCCAGAACUACCUAGGCACUGAUGCAUAAUAUUACCUAUGCUAAUGCCUCUUUCUCUCUUGUAAUAUUGUUUAGCUAGCUCAUCAGGUUAGGUACCUGCCUAUAAGUUGAGGAUACCUUAGGUACCUACCCAGCAUAUACAACUGCUUACCUGAGCUCAUAGGGGUCGGGAAUCGCUCCUGCACAUACCAAAGGUACCUAGGAGGUACUUACCUAAACCUUCUAUUUAGCUCUAAGAGUUCCGUACCUUCAAUAUACAUACGAAAUAGAUAACUGUUAUAUAAUAAAUUGGGAACUUUCGAGGGAGUCAUUGCCUUAAUAGACAAAUUGUUCACA